ACUCAAGCUUCACCUUCCUUCGUGCCCGAGUGACCCCCGAAUCUCACCACCACCAUGCCCACUCUCAAGCAGAUCACCUGCCACAUUGAGCUCUCGCCCUCAAACGCCAGCCUGCGCGAGUACGACUGCACCUACGACGAUGGCUUCGUCGAUGCCCUUGUCGCCAUCCCCGAUGAGCCUGCUGCCUUUUGUGUGCACUUGAAGUCGUCCGGCUAUAUCGCGCCUGGGCUAGCCAUGUUUGUCUUCAAAGACGGCGUCUAUCAGUGCAACCGCAACAAGAUAGGCCUAAGGAUUCCGACCGCUGAUACCCCAGCCUACCUUACCGAUGUCGAAUUUCGCGUGCGCCAAAAGGAGGAUAGGCAAGGGGGGCAGCGCUUUAUUGGUCGGGAUUGGUGCUUCGAGAAGCUCAACGGCGACAACUCUGACAACGUCGGCUUCAUCGAGGUGGUUGUCCUACGCUGUAACGACAAAUACCCUGACAUACUGCUGCAUCUCCGACGGAAUUCCUCCACGACAGCAAUGCAAAUGAGUGAUGAUCCCGCUGACAUUAGUGGUUUUUACGACGGUCCUAGAGACGACCAACGCUACGGCGCUCGUUAUGACGGGAAUUUCAAUGAAAGGCACAGGCCAUACUACUAUGGUCAAAGGCCCUAUGACAACGAGGAUCUCCCCUUUCAUUCUCCCGAGUCGCACAUGAGACCACAGCCGCCAACUUACAGUAGAGGUUACUCCUAUGAGGCCAGACGCCGUCGGUUUGAACGUGCCCCCGACGACAGGCACAUGCCCCAAGAGCCGGCUUCUAGAGACGAAUUCGAAGAAUUUAUUCGUUGGAGGGAUAGCCGUCAAUCUCGAUCCGGAUAUGGCACUGGUUUGUCGGAACAGCCCACUAACACUGACUAUUAUCAUGCUGUUCACGGGCAACGUACAAGAGCAACAGCUGAUAUGCACAUCGGAGGUCCGUAACGCAAAUCGUGAACCAACACACUAAUUUCCCUGACUAGCAAUUUCCAGACUAUUUUUACUGACUGGUGCGUAGAAGCACAACCACGCCCGCGUGGACUCUCAAAUGAAACUAGAAUUGAGACC